GUCCCGGGAACUCCCAGCAUGCUCCUGGAAUGUCAGUUUGCCACGUAACGAGCUGCGCUUGGUUGCCUUGUCACAGGUAGCUGACACCGGGAGCGGCCCGAGCUGUCUGUCCUCACCGCCGACACCCCGGGCGAGACAUGGGGGGCUCGCAGAGCGUGGAGAUUCCGGGAGGAGGCACGGAGGGAUAUCAUGUGCUGCGGGUGCAAGAAAAUUCUCCUGGACACAAGGCUGGGCUGGAACAGUUCUUUGACUUUAUUGUUUCAAUCAAUGGGUUAAGAUUGAAUAAAGACAAUGAUACCCUGAAGGAUCUACUUAAAGCCAGUGUCGAGAAGCCAGUUAAAAUGGUGGUCUACAGCAGCAAGACUCUGGAACUUAGGGAGACCACAGUGACACCAAGCAACAUGUGGGGAGGACAAGGCUUGCUGGGAGUUAGCAUACGUUUCUGCAGCUUUGAUGGAGCAAAUGAGAACGUAUGGCAUGUCUUGGAGGUGGAACCAAAUUCCCCCGCAGCACUGGCUGGUUUGAGAACCAACACUGACUACAUUAUAGGAGCAGACACUGUAAUGAAUGAGUCAGAAGACCUUUUCUCACUCAUCGAGACCCAUGAAGGAAAACCAUUAAAAUUGUAUGUGUACAACACAGAUACAGACAACUGUAGGGAGGUUGUCAUAACGCCGAAUUCUGCUUGGGGAGGAGAGGGCAGCUUGGGGUGUGGUAUUGGAUAUGGAUACCUACAUCGGAUACCAACGCGGCCUUUCGAGGAGGGAAAGAACAUUUCUUUGCCUGGCCAAGUUCCCGGGGCACCAUUGAGUCCUCUGAAAGAUGGUUUUACAGAGGUGCAGUUAUCCUCUGUAAACUCUCCCUCCCCUUUACCGCUUGGAACCUCAGGAAUUGAAGUAAACCUUUCUGGACUCUCCAUUGGCUCAAAUACACCUGCAGCCACUAGUGCUCUUAAUUCAGGUUUGCCAACAGUUCCUGUAUUAACCCCCCAAAUGAAUCAUUCCCUUGCCUCUGUUCCGCUAAAUCCAGCAGUUUCACUCCCAGGUCUCAUGCCAUUAUCUACUGGACUCCCUACACUAACAAACCUUCCAAACCUCCACAAUCUGCCAGCUCCACACAUAAUUCCAAGGCCAGGAUUGCCAGACCCUACACUUACACUUUCAAAUUUGCCCCCCAUUAAUUCAUUACAAGCUUUGAACCUAUCUGGACUUCCACCCCUGUCGAUAAAUCCUCAUCUCUCUGCCUUUCCCAUGGCACCACUUCCCAGUGACCUAAUUCCAUCACUGCUGGAUCACACUCACCCAGCACACCAGACAGAAAACGUCACUGCAACCAGUGAAGACUGCUGCCAUGCGUCCCAUAUGGCCACAGAGAAAGUUUCCAUCAGUAGUACAGAAGCAAGCACCCCUGAAUCAUCUUAAGAUCGAGACCUUCUGUGCGGAUUGGCUUAAUGUAUUUAUUUAGCCACAGAAUGCAAGCAAUCGUUAACUCCGUACUAGUUUGUACUUAUAUGUAGGAGACCUGUAAAUAAAAUAAAGGCUAGCUAUGAAGAGUUUAAGGUCAAAGAAAAUGGAAACAACAGAUGGAGAAAAUGCCAAACUAUGAAGUGAUUGUAAAUUAUUUUAACAUAAGUUUUCCCAUCUGAAAAUAUCCUUAAUAAAGUUAUAGAACGUGCACUCUUAAUGCGUGUAUGGUUUAUCCAAAUCAUUUGAACUUUUGCGUUACCAGAAACUGUCAUUCAAUAGAUUUCAGGUCUCUAGCAAUGAAAAGGUCAGCAACUUGUAAUGUCUACUACACUGCUUAAAAGACAAUACCAGGGAUGGCAUUUAAAAGGAAAGAUUGUUAAGGAAUAUAUAUAUAGGUUUUAGUUUAACCUGGGAUGUAUAUGCACACAGCAAUAAAUGACUGUAAUUUUAAAUUUUAAUGUGUAGCCCCUUUUUUAAUUUAAUAAACUAGUUUUUAAAAUACAUUCCAUACCGGGACACAUCCUUAACAACGUGAGUUUAUUAAGGAUUAAUAUAUCAUAGUUAUGCAGGAUAAUCACAGACUGCCCACUUUAAUAUGUAUCUUACCCAGAACCACUGACUAAUGCAUUUUGUUUUUAUAAGUAUUCAUUAAAAUUGGAUUUGUGCCAAUGUAA